AUGAAUAAAGCUUUUGCGUUGUGGACUUUCGUGACAGCGGCAGCAGCAAUUGGACUUCUUGCUACAGGUUUAGGGACAGAAGAAUGGACGAUAAUUAAAAUUACGAGAGAUGCAAAUGCAGAAUGUGUGAUACAAAGGUCACUUGGAAUGUUCAAUGGCAAAGAUGUCCCUUCAGAUAAAUGUUUUGCUAUUACAGAAGAAGUGUCCCACCAGAUGUUUAACAAAUCAGAAAUCGCAUACAAUUCUGGUGCUCAAAUGGCUUCACUUGUGUUUAUCUUGUUUGGAAUUUUGGGUGGCCUUUUUGCAAUGGCCAUAUCUGCUUACAAUAUAGUUUCAAAACCAUAUGAGACAUUUGCUGGUCCAAUAGGAAUGAUUUCAUAUUUUACAUCUGGAUUGGUGUUCACAUUAAUUGGUAUAAUCAUCUAUGUUGUUCUCUUCUACAAUGACUUCAAGGACUCUGUGCCUGAAAAAUGUCCAUCAAUAGAUUCCAUAUGCCAUGAACAGGGCUAUAAAACUGAAAGUGCUGAACUUGGGUAUUCAUUUUAUCUGAUUGUUGCUGCUAUUGGUCCAUUUUUGAUAGGGAUUAUCAUUGUGUUUGCUGCUGGUAACAGCCUAAAAAAGAAAAUUAGGUCUGUUGUCUGUCCAAAAAAAUUUGAAGAAGAGCCACACAGUGCAGGGGAAAAAGAUGUGAAUAUGAUGUCAUUUUAA